GUGCAACAGUCAGAUGUGUCCGGGUGGAUAUUUAGGUGAAAGGUCUCCAUACCGCGCUCGCUGUCGGUGAGGGGAGCAGGUUGUCAGCCAUGUCGAAGCAGCCGCAGCCCAUCAGUCCUGUGAAGAACUUCUUCGCCGGAGGGUUUGGAGGUGUCUGUCUGGUGUUUGCUGGACAUCCACUGGACACUAUUAAGGUGCGGCUACAGACUCAGCCGAAACCAGGUCCGGGUCAGUCACCUCUCUAUGCCGGAACCUUCGACUGCUUCAAAAAGACCCUCGCCAAAGAGGGUGUUAGGGGGUUGUAUAAAGGAAUGGCUGCUCCGAUUAUCGGAGUCACUCCGAUGUUCGCGGUCUGCUUCUUCGGUUUUGGUCUCGGGAAGAAGCUGCAGCAGAAAAGCCCGGACGAUAUCCUGUCGUAUCCUCAGCUGUUCGCGGCCGGGAUGCUCUCCGGUGUUUUCACUACAGCCAUCAUGGCUCCUGGAGAGAGAAUUAAGUGCCUCCUGCAGAUCCAGGCGGCCUCUGGAGAGGUGAAGUACGCCGGGCCGAUAGACUGUGUAAAACAGAUCUACAGAGAAAAUGGCAUUAGGGGCGUUUACAAAGGCACUGCGCUGACUUUAAUGAGAGAUGUACCGGCCAGUGGGAUGUACUUUAUGACGUACGAGUGGUUGAAGAACCUCCUCACACCGGAGGGAAAGAGCCCGGGUGAGCUGAGCGUGCCCAGUGUGCUGUUUGCGGGCGGUAUGGCGGGGAUCUUUAACUGGGCCGUGGCGAUUCCCCCCGAUGUCUUAAAGUCACGCUUCCAGACAGCUCCGGAGGGGAAAUACCCCAAUGGCUUCCGGGACGUCCUGAGGGAGCUGAUCAGAGAGGAGGGGGUGACCUCGCUCUACAAGGGCUUUAACGCUGUCAUGCUGCGAGCGUUUCCCGCCAACGCUGCCUGCUUCCUGGGAUUUGAGGUGGCCAUGAAGUUCUUGAACUGGCUCGCGCCGAACCUGUGAUCUGUACAGGAGAGACGGCGUCUGAAUGUCUCCCACAUACGGACACACAUACUGGGACUGUUGAACUCGUGCGGUAGAGCUGCACAAGACAGACAAAACACCAUACUGUGAUUAUACUAAUACCUAUUGUGAUUGUGAUAUGCUUUGCACUAUAUUAAAGAGGAAUUCCACCAAAUUUUUCACAAUUUCUGCAUAAUUGAGUGUUUGAGAUGUAAUCAGAGAGAUUCAGAGUGGUUUGCUGUGAAAUGGUUCAGAUGUCUUUACAGUGGUGGUCAUUGGAACCAGGGGUCGCCAUGACUACAACACAGAUAUAGACAUUUUAUUUAUUACUCACGAGUCUUCUGAGUUUAUAUGGAAUAUUGAUGAUGGGAAAAUAGUGAAAAAUCUGAAAUAAUAAGGUUAGGGGACUGUUUUACCUCACAGCGGUCUGCAUGUAUCCCUCCACCAUGAAUGGAUUUUUAACAUACAUGUAGUAACUUCCUGUGAGGGAGCUUUUAGAGGUGGACGUCUGGUUCCUAUCACCACCACUGUGAACAGUUCUGACUCGGUAAGUUUCUCUAGAACAGAGCGUUUCACACCAAACCACUCUGAACAACUCUGUUUACACUUUAACCACUUAAUUAUGCAGAAAAUUUGAAACUCACCUGGAUCUGUGAUUGGUCAGGAUGUGCACAGCCUGCUGUGAUUGGUUGGAGUGCUCAUUUGCAUAUUGUAGCUCUCUAUAAUAUUAGUAUUGCGAAGGCCAAUAUCAUGAUAACAAUUAACAAACGCUAUAUUGUGCAGCUCUACCGCGCGCCAUCAGUAAGCUGUAACAAACACACGACAAACGACGGGACUUCAGCCAUUUGACUUAUUUCUGUUAUAAUUUUUUAGGGUUUUUGAUUUUUAAUAGUUUUGAAGAGGACUGAUGUUGUGCCUUAUCCUAUCAGGCUGUGAAUUCAGUCUCUGCUCUUCAGGGAAAAACACGCUUCUGUUGUUUCUCCACCUCUGAUCGUAAGAGGAGACACCUCUCAGCAAGAACUCACUGUUAAAGGAACACUUCAGCAUUUUUCACACUGACCUCUGUUUGCAUUAUCUGUGAUGUGUGAUCGAUUACCACAGACGAUAAUCUCACCGUGCUUCCCUGAACUUAGAAAAGAGCUGAAAACUAACCAGAAACUCAUUUAUAAUGGAAGUCAAUGGGCAGAUGCUGAAUACGUUGAAUAUGUUUUGAAAUAUGUGACAAAACAAUGUGAAUUUAUGGCUACAACUGUUCCUACAGGUGACGGAGUGUCUGAGCAAAACUGUUCUAAUGAAGGUUAACCAACUAACACGGUUUAAAAAAAAUUCUUUUAGUAAAAGUUACUUUUGUACCAGAAUUUUUUAAUUUUAGCAGUUUUGGUUACUUUAAACAAAUGUGGGCAUGUUUGGUAUCUGACGUUUGCUUCUUUACUUACAGCACUUUCUUUUACUUUUCUUAAAGGUUUUCCAUGAUUUAGGCGGAGCCUGUUAAGACUCCGCCCACACCACUAUGAUGAUAAUUAAAUUCUUCACUGUUCAAAAUAGUCUCAUCUCUAAAAAAGACAAUUGUACAGCUUGUUUGGCUCAUUAAAAUGUCAACAAAAAUAUGUUUCACCUGAACGUUUCCUGCAGGUGCCCAUUGACUUCUAUUAUAAGUGAGUCUCGGGUCAGCAGGUUUUCUGGACUUUUCCCAGUUCAGGAAAACGUAUUGAAAUUAUUGUUGGUGGUAAUCGAUCGUACUCUACAGGCGCAGCAGAUAGAGGUCAGGUUCAAAAAUGCUGAAGUGUUCCUUUAAGUACAUGUACAGAACCACACGCAGUUUUCUGUAUGCCAUUCUGAUGUGUUUGUUUUAGUUGAAUCAGCCUUGUUUCAUCCAAAAGUGCAUUACGGUGCAUCGUCCACAUGAUGGUCACGUCACAUCGUCAGAUUCACAGCCGAAUAACCAAAAUCCAUAACACGGACUGAACGUCAUCAAUGCAGAAUAACUGUUUUGACAUGUGCAGCUCAGUUUGUUAAUUAUUAUUAAUUUUCCUCUGGCUCGUGCCUUUGUUGUUCCUCGUUUGGUAGAUAACUCAGGCAUGUUGUUAUUUUUGUUCCAUCAUGUACAAUAAAACAGAUUGUUUAGGAUUUGA